GUAAUAAAUCGAUUAAUUAAGAGCAACGUUCUGAUUCAGACCAGCAAUGGUGAUAGUAGCAUUCAUUUUAGUACAGCUUGAAUUUCUAGUGCUACUUUACUUUAGUUUUGGAGAAAUUAAUGACUUUGUCCUCAUUGUCAUCAUCUAUGGAUGCAUUUGAUUUGUAGCUAUCACUGUUGUUAUUUCUUAUUUAUUUAAAAGCCAGAUCGAACUUGUGUACCAAAACAAAGAGCUCUCUGAGACUAUACGAUAUAUAUUGCAGGUUCUUCCUGAAGGUGUUCUAAUAAACACCUUCAAAGAAGAUAAGGCAAGAGUAGGAUAUGCAAAUGAUACUAUUCAAAAACAACUUUUUGAAAAUCAACCUCUUGAAAAUACUUUUACUAAUAGCCUCAAACUCAGGUGUAGAGAAUCUUCUGAUGAUCAAAUCAAAAUAGAAGACUCCGAGUCCUACAAAAGGGCCAUCAAAAUAGGGGAGCUUCUAGAUCAAAUCCAACACCAAAUCGACAAAACGCAGACUCCAGUCACUAAGCAAGUCCUGAUCGAAGCUGCUGACAAUGGACAUGCCAAUCUGCAAUCAAACUUCGUAUAUACGCUAAAGUCUAUUCCUGUGAAUUGGGACAAAUGAAACAAAGCCUACUUACACGUAGUCUCAGAUAUUACUUCGUUGAAGGAGCUGGAGAAGCAGAAGGCAACUAACCAGUGCAUGCAAAUAAUGUUUUCUAGUGUUUCGCACGAAUUCAGGACUCCACUAAACUCCUUUGCCAACAUCUUGACUUUGCUCACAAUGAAGCUUACUGCAAUAAAUGACUGAAUCGCAGAGUUGACAAUUCCCAGGAAGAACCAUGAAGAGCUUGAAGAGUGAUUCAGUAGCUGAGAUAAAUAUUUAAAAAUGGGCAAUAUUUCUGCAAAAAUUCUUGAAAACCUAGUAGAAGAUAUACUAGAUUUUGCUAAAAUUGAAUCUGGAGUUUUUAGCCUCGAUCCUGAAGCAUUUUUGGUACAGGAUUUAAUUGACGAAAUUUCUUAUAUAUUUCAAAUUCAGUGAGAAAGUAGAGGUAUUUUAUUUGAAAUUAUUUGAGAUGAAAGAACAAGAAAUAUCAAUUUUAUUAGUGACAUGGCAAGGAUCAGACAAAUCCUGAUGAAUUUAGUAUCAAACUCCCUCAAAUUCACUGCUGAAGGAUUCAUCAAAAUUUUGAUUACUCCAUUUAAAAGCCUUGAUAACAACAGGAAUUUCGGUCUCAAGUUCAGAGUUAGUGACACAGGAGUGGGGAUCUCUGCUGAAGACCAGAAGAACCUAUUCAAACUCUUUGGCACAGUAGACAAACACAAGCAAACCUUAAAUUUAAAAGGAACAGGCCUCGGACUCACAAUCACACAGAAACUGGUGAGCUUGCUUGGAGGCAACGUUAAGUUAGAGUCAGAAGAACAUGUCGGCACUACAAUUGAAUUUUCAGUAAAAGAGGCUGCCAGAAUUCGACAAGGUUUAGAAGAAAGCAAAGGAGACAUUGAGAGAUCAGGAAAAUUAGUAUCGAAGAGAAAUCAUUGGUUACCAAGCAAACUAUCUUUAGGAUCAAUAUAUAACUCCCAAACCAGUGAAAAAGAGUUUGUUAAUAACCUUGGAUACGUCCAAGAUGUUCCUUCUAUGGAAAUAAAUAAUUUUACAUUUAACAGCAGGUCAAUGAUGUAA